AUGAUUCUAGUUCUAAUUUUCACCACACUUCUUGCCAUUCUAAUAGUCAGACACUACCAAAAAGUUCGAAAGCUUCCACCCGGACCAAUCACUCUCCCAUUAAUCGGAAACAAUCCCCAAAUUGUGUACUACUCGUGGAAGAACAAUGGAAUCGUCCCGGCGUUUGAAUAUUUUCGAAAAAAGUAUGGAAAUGUGUUUACUUUAUGGUUGGGACCAUUCCCUCAUGUUAGUAUCGCCGAUUUUGAGACCAACCAUGAGGUUUUUGUGAAAAAUGGAAAUCGUUAUAAGGACAGAUUUUUGAGUCCAAUUUUCGAAGAGCUUCAAGAAGACCACGGACUAGUUUUUGCCAAUGGAGAGAAGUGGGCGGAGUUAAGAAAAUUCACAAUGGUCACUUUCCGAAACAUGGGUGUGGGAAAUGAAAUCAUGGAGGAGAAAAUUAUGGAGGAACUCGAUGCAAGAUGCGCUGAUCUGGACAACGAAGCCAUAGAUGGAAAGACUGUUGUUGAACACGGAAAGCUUUUCGAGCUCAUGGUUGGAAGUGUUAUAAACAGUUUAUUAGUUGGAAACCGAUUCGGAGAGGAUAACAAGGAAGAGUUUCUCCAUAUAAGACACCUUAUAGAAACCUUCAAUGAAGUGUUUACAACUUUCGAUAUGAUUAUGCCUGUUUGGGUUCUUAAGACCUUUUUCCCAACUCGAUAUGCGAUAGCUGCAGAUGGGAUGAACGCUAUAAAGGAUUAUGUUGGAAGGGUCGCCGAGAAAAGAUUCGAAGAAGUAAAAUCCGGAAAAUAUGUUCUGGAGGAAACCAAUCCUAAAGACUACGUAGAUGCGUUUUUGAUCAAAAUUCAAAAGGAGAAAGAUCAUCCAGCGUAUACAAUGAAAUCUCUCAAAUACGUUUUAUUGGAUCUGUGGUCUGCUGGACAUGACACUACAGCAACCACACUGAUUUCUGGAUUCAACCAAUUCAUGCAUCAUCCAGAAGUUGUCAGAAAAUGUAGAGAAGAACUUUUGAGAUUAACCGACGGUGGGUCCAGACCGUUGAGUUUAAAAGAUAGGGCGGAUUCCCGAUAUCUCAACGCGACAAUCGCUGAAAUUCAAAGGCAUGCUUCGAUUCUGAAUGUGAACUUUUGGAAGACCAGUGAUGCUCCAACAAAGGUAAAUGGGUACGAGCUGGAUGCCGGAGAGAUUCUUACUGCACAAAUGAGUGCACUUCAUGUUAAUGAGGACAUUUUCAAACAUGCCGGGGAGUUCAUGCCGGAGAGAUUCUUGGAAAAUGAGAAACUGAUCCAUCAACUGAUCCCAUUCGGAAUCGGGAAACGAUCUUGUGUUGGAGAGAAUUUAGCAAGAGCGGAGUUGUUCAUGCACUCGUCGAGCUCUAUCAUAUUUGAUUCAGUUGGUUUAAAAAUAAUUAUUCUGAAAGAAGCAAUGGCAAGGCCCGCGAAGCCCGGGAAAGGCCCGGAUUACAAGUAUUCGGAAAUCUCCUCCUCCGGUAUAAUAUUCAACCUCACGGAAAACUGCCCUCUACAGCUGACCAACUUCCGUUCAGCGCUGUAA